CUAUAAAAUUUACGAUUAAUAUUACAAUAUUAUUAUUAUAGUCAAGAUUUUUCUUAUAGAAGAAAAACAAGAUGGACGAGGUUACAAAGUUGGAACAUUUGUCUUUGGUAUCAAAGAUUUGUACAGAAUUAGAAAAUCAUUUAGGUUUAAAUGAUAAAGAUUUAGCCGAAUUUAUAAUACAUUUGUCAGAAGAAAAUAAUACAUUUGAAACAUUUAAAAAAGUAUUGAUCGAAAAUGGUGCCGAAUUUUCCGACUCGUUCAUAGCAAAUUUACUUAGGAUAAUACAACACAUGAAACCAUCAGCUCCUACUAACAAAUCAUCGUUAGUUAAUUCAUGUAAACAAGAUGAAUUAGCACAAAAAUUUCCUGUAUUGGCUUUACCGAAUGAUAUACCAACUAAAUCUGUUCAAGAAAGUGAAAAAAGUGAUAAAGAAAUAGUUAACGACGUGUUAGCAUCAUUAGAAGCAUUAGCACCGUCUAACCUCAAAAAUCACGAAAAUGGAAAGAAGGAUGAUCACAAACGAAAUAAACGGAAUAGUAAAGACAAAGAUUCGGAAAAGAGUAGGGAAAAGAAAAGACAUAGAUCUAGAUCAAAUGAUAGAAAGGAUAAAAGACGUAGAUCAAGAUCUAGAAAUCGUUCUAGAUCAAGAAAUCGUUCUAGAUCGAAGGAAAGAGAACAUGGUAGAAGACGCAGAAGAAGAUCAAGAUCAUCAAGCAGAACUUCAAGAUCACAUGGUUACAAAGAUUCGAAGAAUUCAAGGAAUCGUGACAGAUCUAGGUCAAAGUCUUUGGAAGAACUUUCAGUAGAACCAGAAGUUGGUCAGAUUUAUACAGGAAAGGUAGCCAAUAUAGUACCAUUUGGUUGUUUCGUUCAAUUGGAAGGUUUGCGACGUAGAUGGGAAGGUUUGGUACAUAUUUCACAAUUACGUAGAGAAGGUAGAGUGGCUAGUGCAAGUGACGUUGUAACCAGAGGUCAAAAAGUUCUUGUUAAAGUAUUAAACGUUGGUGGACAAAAAGUUUCAUUAAGUAUGAAAGAUGUUGAUCAAGAAACAGGUAGAGAUUUGAAUCCCGUAGUAGCAGUUAAUAAAAUCGAAGAAGAUGAGAAAUAUUUGCGAAAUCCAGAUCGUCCUGCAUCAUUAUUAGAAAUUCAAGGUACGUGGGAUGAAGAUGAGACAUAUUCCAGAAAACGUGUGCAAAGAUUGUCUUCUCCUGAGAAAUGGGAGAUUAAACAGAUGCAUGCUGCAUCGUGUAUUGACAGAAGUGAAUUACCAGAAUUUGAUAUGGAAACUGGGGUUUUACCUAGGGAAGAUGACGAAGAGGAAGAUGUUGAAAUAGAAUUGGUGGAAGAAGAACCACCAUUUUUACAUGGCCAUGGAAGAGCACUUGGAGAUUUAAGUCCUGUACGUAUUGUCAAAAAUCCUGAUGGUUCUUUAGCUCAAGCUGCUAUGAUGCAAAGUGCUUUAGCAAAAGAAAGGAGGGAACAAAAAAUGUUACAGCGAGAACAGGAAAUGGAUUCUGUACCAACCGGUAUUAAUAAAAAUUGGAUUGAUCCAUUACCAGAUGCUGAAAGUAGAACACUCGUUGCCAAUAUGCGUGGAAUUGGUAUGCAAACGCAAGAUCUACCUGAAUGGAAGAAACAUGUGAUUGGAGGAAAGAAAUCUUCAUUUGGAAAGAAAACUAAUUUGACUUUAUUAGAACAACGUCAAACCUUACCAAUAUACAAACUUAGAGAUGAUUUAAUAAAGGCUGUAACUGAUAAUCAAAUUUUAAUCGUCAUCGGUGAAACUGGUUCUGGAAAGACAACUCAAAUAACUCAAUACUUAGCGGAAACUGGAUUCACAGCUCGUGGUAAAAUUGGUUGUACACAACCUAGAAGAAUUUCAGCCAUGUCUGUUGCUAAAAGAGUAGCAGAAGAGUUUGGUUGUCGUUUAGGACAAGAAGUUGGUUAUACAAUUCGAUUUGAAGAUUGUACUGGUCCAGAAACAAGUAUUAAAUACAUGACAGAUGGUAUGUUACUCAGAGAAUGUCUUAUGGAUUUAGAUUUAAAAACAUAUUCUGUAAUAAUGUUGGAUGAGGCACAUGAAAGAACAAUUCAUACUGAUGUUUUAUUUGGAUUACUUAAACAAGCAGUAGGUAAAAGACCUGAUUUGAAAUUAAUAGUAACCAGUGCUACCCUUGACGCUGUCAAAUUCUCUCAGUACUUCUUCGAAGCACCAAUUUUUACCAUUCCUGGAAGAACAUUUGAAGUUGAAGUAAUGUACACGAAAGAACCAGAGACAGAUUAUUUGGAUGCUGCACUUAUAACUGUAAUGCAAAUACAUUUACGUGAACCACCUGGUGAUAUACUUCUGUUUUUAACUGGUCAAGAGGAAAUUGAUACUGCAUGUGAGAUUUUAUAUGAACGUAUGAAAUCAUUGGGUCCUGAUGUUCCUGAAUUAAUAAUCCUACCAGUUUAUUCAGCAUUACCUUCUGAAAUGCAAACAAGAAUUUUUGAACCAGCACCACCAGGUUCACGUAAAGUUGUUAUUGCUACGAACAUUGCUGAAACGAGUUUAACCAUCGAUGGAAUUUAUUAUGUGGUAGAUCCAGGCUUUGUCAAACAAAAGGUUUACAAUUCUAAAACUGGUAUGGAUAGUCUUAUAGUAACUCCUAUAAGUCAAGCCGCUGCAAAACAACGCACAGGUCGUGCGGGUCGUUUAGGACCUGGCAAAUGUUACAGACUUUAUACAGAAAGAGCAUAUAGAGAUGAAAUGUUACCAACACCUGUACCAGAAAUUCAAAGAACAAAUUUAGCAACCACAGUAUUACAAUUAAAAACCAUGGGAAUCAAUGAUUUAUUACAUUUUGAUUUUAUGGACGCACCACCAGUAGAAUCGCUUAUUAUGGCUUUAGAAUCUUUACAUAGUUUAAGUGCUUUAGAUAAUGAAGGUUUAUUAACACGUCUUGGAAGACGCAUGGCUGAAUUUCCUUUAGAACCUAAUUUAUCCAAAAUGUUAAUCAUGAGCGUUCACCUUCAAUGUUCAGACGAAAUAUUAACCAUAGUUAGCAUGUUAUCCGUACAAAAUGUUUUCUAUAGGCCAAAGGAUAAACAAGCUUUGGCAGAUCAGAAAAAAGCUAAGUUCAAUCAAGCCGAAGGUGAUCAUUUAACAUUGUUGGCAGUUUAUAAUUCUUGGAGAAACAACAAGUUCAGUAAUGCAUGGUGUUAUGAAAAUUUCGUUCAAAUGAGAACAUUGAAGAGAGCACAAGAUGUACGUAAACAAUUAUUAGGUAUAAUGGAUAGACAUAAAUUGGAUGUAGUAUCAGCAGGAAAGAAUACUGUAAGAAUACAAAAAGCAGUAUGUUCUGGGUUCUUCAGAAAUGCUGCUAAAAAGGAUCCUCAAGAAGGUUACAGAACAUUGGUUGAUAGUCAAGUUGUUUACAUUCAUCCUAGCAGUGCAUUAUUUAACAGACAACCUGAAUGGGUUAUUUAUCACGAGUUAGUACAAACUACUAAAGAAUAUAUGAGAGAAGUAACAACUAUUGAUCCUAAAUGGUUGGUAGAAUUUGCACCAGCAUUUUUCAAAUUUAGCGAUCCAACUAAACUCAGUAAAUUCAAAAAGAAUCAAAGACUUGAACCGUUGUAUAACAAAUAUGAAGAACCUAAUGCUUGGCGAAUAUCUCGAGUUCGUAGAAGACGUAAUUAAAUUUCAUUAUUCAUUCAUAUGAAUCAACAGUUUCAUCGUUACAUUGAAAAAACUGAAUCAUUGAAGUUAAAUAUUAAAAAGGAGACCGAAAAGUAAUGUAAACAAAUUAAACAUUUGCAUAUACCAGAUAGAAAAAGGAUUGUUAAUAACUCGAUUAAUUAUACAAAUUUGUUUGUUUGUAAUUUUCAAGUUAAAAAGCUACAUUACUUUACAGUCCAUCUAAUAAUUAGUUUUUAAAUAAUUGGACUGUUUUCAAACACUGUUAUUGACUGAAAGGUGUGGAAAAAUGUUACAGUUUCUCCAAUAUAUAUAUAUAUUGAAUAAAUGAUUUGUAAAUAAAUACUUUUAUACAGCAUUAAAUGAUGAUUGCUAUUAGAAUGUUCAGAUAUAUGAUGAUGAAUUUAUAAUAUAUAUUUCUGAACACAUUUGUAUGUAUAUUUAUUACAUAA